CCGGCUGGAGCCGCCAGCGAUGCCGGAGGACGGCGCGGGCUGCUCCGUGCGCCGCCUGCACUGGCCGUGGGGCGCCAAGGCGGUCCUGGCCCUGCUCUGUCUCGUGAUGGUGCCCUGCUCCGUCUACCUGAUCCUCCCAACGCGCGGCCAGCAGCAGCAGCUCGAGCCACCUGGGUGGGACAUAGCCGAGCUGCAGCUGAACCACGCAGGACCUCGGCAGGACCCCAGGCUGUGCUGGCAGGGGGGCCCAGCCCUCGGCCGCACCUUCUUGCACGGACCAGAGCUGGACGACGGGCAGCUGCGUGUCCGCCGCAAGGGCAUCUACAGACUGCACAUCCAGGUGACACUGGCCAACUGUCCCUCCAGGCAGAUCAGCGUGCCCCGCAAUGCCACCGUAACCGUGGGCAUCUGCGCCUCCACCGCCUACAGCCUGAUGCGCCUCCCCUUCAACGGACACUGCACCGUUUCCUCCCAGCGACUGGCGCCUCUGGCCGUCGGGGACGCCCUCUGCACCAACCUCACCCUGCCGCUGCUGCCCUCGCAAAACGCUGACCAAACGUUCUUUGGCAUCCAGUGGGUGCACCCCGGAACCUAGCUCCUGGUUUAGAUUGGUUAGGUUUUUUUUGUUUUUUUCCGUUUUUCUAUAAUUUUUUUCUUCCAUUUUUAUCCUUGGUUUUACCUGCCUGCCAGGACAGAAAACAGCUUACCUGGGUGGCUGUCUCUCAAACCAAAAGAUGCAAAUAACCCGCCCAGUCUCCCUUAAAGCCAUCCAGCUCUUCGGAAACAAGGCAAGUUGGAGAAACUGUCACCACCCAGAGGCACCGAAGGAGACGUGAUGGCUAAAUGUCAUGUGGGAGCCUGGAUCAGAAAAAGGACAUUAGGUAAAAACCAAGGAAAUGUUAAUAAAGUGUGUCCUCUAAUUAAUAAUGGAUCAGUUUUGGUUCAUUAGUUGUAACCAGAGUAAGUUAUUGUCUUAGUCCUUUCCAGCUGCUAUAACAGAAUACCUCA